AUGAGCGCUGAAGAAUUCCUCGCCGACGUCGAAGGCGGCGUGGUGCCGGUGGACUGCCACGAUCAUGUGUUGCGGAUCGCAUUCAUCUAUCUAGAUAAGGGGCUAUGGGACGGCAACGGCGUGUUCGAUGUGGUCGAAAAGCUGCAUGCGCGCGGGUGGUCGUUUGGCGAGGGUGAGUUGCGGUUUAACCGCACCCUAGAUAUCUUCUACCUCGCCCAGCUCGCCGCGGCCAUCUACCGCUCCUCCGACCAACUCAACGGGGACUUCCCCUCCCCCUCUGAUUUCCCCGCCUUCUACACCACCCACCGCGCGCUCCUCCACGCCUCCGCUUGGCGCUCCUACUACUCCGCCGCCUUCCUCACUCAGCGUACCACCGCGCGCUUCUACCGCCUGCCCGACCUCCAAGACCUGCCCGACUCCGCCUCCCCGUUGGGCAAGCCGCGCCAUCAACCCCCGGCCGGCAGCGGCCCACACUCUACGAAACUCCCCCGCUGGGCGGAUAGCGUCGCGCGCACGCGCCGCCGGCAGCCCUCCCUCCCGCUCGCGACGCUCACCCGAUUAGCCCUCAGCACGCUCGAGACGGCCACCGCGCGCCUGCACACGGCCCACCCUAGCGUGACGCCCUACUCGGCGACGCAGGCGCACUUCUGGCUCGAGUAUAUGAAGCUCGGUGUCCCGAGCCCUUCCGGAUCCAACACGGUAGCAGCUUUCCGGGAAGCGUGGAAGCCGAACGGGUUUGGUGUCCUGGUCGCACAGGGAGCACUGGAUAUGUACGCGUGGGGAAUGCAGUACUCGGCGCAGCGGUGGGAGGCGAGUGGGGCGGGGAAUGAGGUGGCUAAGCCAGAUGUGGAUGGCGGGUGGGAGAGUCAGGUACAGUGGUGUGGGUGGCCAGAUGGCGGGGUGGGGGUGAUGGCAUGGUGGAGGGGGUGGGAACCGGAGGUGGGGAGUGAGGAGGAGGUGGAGUUUUUGGCUGCGGUCGCGGCGGAGGAGACGGUCGCGGUGGAGGUCGGUCAGUUGAACUGUGCGGUGCGGUCGCAUGUGUUGCUGGGGGUGAUGCGGGCUGCGGUUGCGGGGGAGCGGGAGAGGGACGUUUUCCUAGAGGAGCUGGAGAGGGACAUGGUGGGCAAGGGAAGGAUUGGGGAGGGCAGGGCAGGGAAGUGGCUGCGGGAGGUCUUGGGGGUCGUGGAGCCAUAUGUGAGGAUAUGGGAGGGGGUUUGGCCAGACACAGAGGAGAGGGGGGAGGUACUACGGCGGAUCUUGGUGGAGAAUGGGCAGCUCUUUGCCAGGUGGAAGGUUUCGCCGCUGUUGAAGGAGUUUAGUUUUGAGCUGGGCCCGAGGGAAUCAGAGUAG